AAUUGCCUUACUCAGUGUUGGGGCGAAAACACUUUUCUUUUUGCGCUUUGACAAGUCCAUCCAGGUAGACGUGUUUGAGAAGUUUGUUCGAUUGGGAAAUGGGCUUCGCCAGUACGAACGAUCCGGGGAGAUCGCUUCAAGGAGGCUCCUGCGGCAUGUGGGAAAGAAAUUGAGGGCAGGGGUCUGUGGCCACGUUUUCCACCAAAUUGUCCCUUGUAAAAGGAGAACGGGAAGGAGACAGUGUGAAAGAGAAAGUUUCCUAUCCAAACCUUUCGAUUCAGAAGUAGAGUGUGUGUGUAAGGGAGAGGGGACUCUGCGCUCCAACAUUUCAAAAGAAGCGUUUAGGAUUUGCAAACACCUUUCGUGGGGACUGGGAACACCAGGAGACGCCGAAGAGCAGGUUGGCUGCCCGGAAGGUCCGUGUGAGGGUGCGAGGUAGAUGGUGAGCGGCCCCGGCAGCUGAGGGCAGGCCGGGCCCCCAGACGCAACAGAGCUUGAAGGACUGCGCAGUGGGAGCCCCGCACUGCGCCCGGCCCCGGCCCCCUGGAUCCUUCGGGGCGCCUCCACCCAGCUGUUAGCAUGAUGUCUUACCUCAAACAACCCCCAUACGGCAUGAACGGGCUGGGCCUAGCCGGGCCGGCUAUGGACCUCCUACACCCCUCCGUGGGCUAUCCGGCCACCCCGCGGAAGCAGCGACGGGAGCGCACCACCUUUACGCGCUCUCAGCUGGACGUGCUCGAGGCACUCUUCGCCAAGACUCGCUACCCUGACAUCUUCAUGCGCGAGGAGGUGGCGCUGAAGAUCAACCUGCCAGAGUCCAGAGUCCAGGUCUGGUUCAAGAAUCGCCGUGCCAAAUGCCGCCAGCAGCAGCAGAGCGGGAGCGGGACCAAGAGCCGCCCAGCCAAGAAGAAGUCCUCCCCGGUGCGGGAGAGCUCGGGCUCCGAAAGCAGCGGCCAGUUCACGCCGCCUGCUGUGUCCAGUUCCGCCUCGUCCUCCAGCUCCGCAUCGAGCGCUUCGGCCAACCCGGCGGCUGCAGCGGCUGCAGGCCUGGGCGGGAACCCGGCGGUGGCAGUCCCGUCGUCGUUGAGUACGCCGGCUGCCUCGUCCAUCUGGAGUCCGGCUUCCAUCUCGCCCGGCUCAGCGCCCGCUUCCGUGUCGGUGCCCGAGCCUUUGGCCGCGCCUAGCAACGCAUCGUGUAUGCAGCGCUCGGUAGCCGCAGGCGCCGCCUCUGCCGCAGCCUCCUAUCCCAUGUCCUACGGCCAGGGCGGCAGCUAUGGCCAGGGCUACCCCGCGCCCUCCUCUUCCUACUUUGGCGGCGUGGACUGCAGCUCAUAUCUAGCGCCCAUGCACUCGCACCACCACCCGCACCAGCUCAGCCCUAUGGCACCCUCCUCCAUGGCUAGCCACCAUCACCACCAUCCCCACGCGCACCACCCGUUGAGCCAGUCCUCAGGCCACCACCACCACCAUCACCACCACCAUCACCAGGGCUAUGGCGGCUCGGGGCUCGCCUUCAACUCUGCCGACUGCUUGGAUUACAAGGAGCCUGGCGCCGCCGCCGCUUCCUCUGCUUGGAAACUCAACUUCAACUCGCCUGACUGUCUGGACUAUAAGGACCAAGCCUCAUGGAGGUUUCAGGUCUUGUGAGCCCAGGAGUGGGAGGAAGAGAAGAAGAAACGCAACUACCUGCGCCCUCCGUGGUCCCCGUCCAGUUGUUGCUGCUGCUGCUGCUGCACUGCCCGCCUUUGCCUCGGCUUUUCCAGACCUGAAAUUUCAUGCUCCCAAAAGAUGCCCAUUGCUGCACUGCCGCCCUCAUCUUUAUGCCACUUGCUUGGGGGAUGUGCAAACCCUGCCCACCCCUUGGAAGAGGGGACCGGUGCUUCGGCUUGGCCCACAAGUUCUAUAUGGGAGAGCUGUGUGCUCCCCUCCUCAACCCCUAACGAACUCCUAAGUCACCAUCUUCUAGUCUUUCUGGACAGUUAUUAUGCGCUUGCAGCCUUCGGAGGCUCUUCGCUCUGACUUGCUGUUUGAGCCCUACACUUUAAUUUAUUCUUUCUGGACACUGGAGUCACUAACUGGCAUGUGUCUGCCUGUUGGAGUGCACCCAUACUCUACUCCAAAUCAAAACAACCACUAAGCGUUUCUCGCGUGCAGACUGCCGCCCCUUCAGCUGCCCUAAGCCCCGCUCCCCGCCUGCAGACCAGAGCUUCCCGGCGUUUCCUCCUCCCCAGCCGGAUGCGCUGGGACGAGGCCCGGAGGGAGGAGCGCACCCAUAGCCUCUCGCGCACAGCCCCGCCCUGCGUAGAACUGGCUCAGUCUUCCGCUUCGGCGGGAAUGCUGUAUAUAGUCAGGUCCGUUCCAGGGACCACUUAAACUUUUUAGUUGCUGUUGGUUGAACUGAGCAUAUCUCGUCUUAGAGUCCAAGAAAUAGAACUUUAAGAUAUAUACAGCAUAUAUAUAUACACAUAUAUAUAUAACAAAAGCAAAAAAUAUUUUCCCUCUGUCCCCUUUCCUCUCUUCCUCAAACGAUGGCGCUUUUACUUUUUCAGUUGUUGCAAAGCUUCCCUGCCCUCUCACACCUUCUCCCUCUGUGUAUUUAUUAAAGAGAAUCGUUUCGUUUCAGGAAGCUGCGCGCGGAGGAUCGGGAGGGUCUGGGAGUGUGAAGGCAAGAGCCAAGUCAGGGUACAGGGGAGGGGGCUAGUCUGGGCCGGGGCGCAGGACUGAGCCCUUCACCAGGUCUAAGCACAGGGUCGCAGUUCCAGUUAAGAGAUCAAAACCAAAAGAAAACAAAAAAUAAAAAUAAAAAUACAGCAUUAUGGAAAAACAAACAAACCCAGGCCCCAAACCCCGGUUCCAAUUCCUCUGUCGGCUUCUCUCUCUUUAAACAACCCUGUUUUGUCUAGUGAGUUUUUAGUGCACCUUCAUUCUCCGAAAUCUGCGGAGGACCCACGCCUGUAUAUCAGUUUUGGCUUUGGCCUUUUCGUCCAGUAGGUGGGAAAGUAAUUUGUAAAUUUGAUUUGUCCGAUGUGAAGAUCGCAAAUUACUUGUUGAAAUGUAAGGCAGUCCCCUUCCGCCCCCUUUAUCUACAUUAU